AUGCCCCACAGCUCUGACAGCAGCGAUUCCAGCAGCUUCAGCCAGUCUCCCCCUCCCAGCAAGCAGGACUCUUCUGAUGACAUGAGGAAAGUCCAAAGAAGGGAGAAGAAUCGCAUUGCUGCCCAGAAGAGCCGCCUGAGGCAGACCCAGAAAGCAGACACACUGCACUUGGAGAGUGAAGACUUAGAGAGACAGAAUGCUGCCCUGCGCCGGGAGAUCAAGCAGCUGACAGAGGAAAUGAAGCACUUCACCUCGAUGCUGAGCUCCCAUGAACCAUUCUGCUCCAUCCUGACAUCCCCUCCACCGCCUCCAGAAGUGCUUUAUGCCACACACUCUUUUCACCAACCCCACAUCAGCUCCCCACGCUUUCAGCACUGA